AAUAUCUUCAUUUUUUUCUCUGCUGAUCUUAUUACUCCCUUAAGUUAUUACAUACUUUUUGCUGCUCUGUGAGAAGAGAUGUCUCGCAGCCCAGAUGCAAAGGAAGACCCUGUCGAAUGCCCCCUUUGCAUGGAGCCUCUGGAGAUUGAUGACAUAAACUUCUUCCCUUGCACCUGUGGUUACCAGAUCUGUCGCUUCUGUUGGCAUCGUAUUCGCACAGAUGAGAAUGGACUUUGUCCUGCAUGUAGAAAGCCAUAUCCAGAAGAUCCAGCAGUAUAUAAACCACUCUCCCAAGAAGAGCUGCAGAGGAUAAAAAAUGAAAAGAAGCAGAAACAAAAUGAGAGAAAACAGAAGAUAUCAGAGAAUCGUAAGCAUCUGGCCAGUGUACGGGUUGUACAGAAGAAUCUUGUUUUUGUAGUAGGUUUAUCCCAGCGUCUAGCAGAUCCAGAGGUUUUGAAAAGGCCAGAAUAUUUUGGAAAAUUUGGUAAAAUACACAAAGUUGUCAUCAAUAAUAGCACAUCAUAUGCAGGCUCACAGGGUCCAAGUGCAAGUGCAUAUGUAACAUACAUCCGGUCAGAAGAUGCCCUCAGAGCUAUACAAUGUGUUAAUAAUGUGGUAGUAGAUGGAAGAACACUUAAGGCAUCUUUAGGAACCACAAAGUACUGCAGUUAUUUUCUGAAGAACAUGCAGUGUCCAAAGCCAGACUGUAUGUAUCUACAUGAAUUAGGAGAUGAAGCAGCCAGUUUUACAAAAGAAGAAAUGCAGGCUGGCAAGCAUCAAGAAUAUGAACAGAAGUUACUCCAAGAGCUAUACAAAUUAAACCCCAACUUUCUCCAGUUGUCCACAAGUGUAGUUGACAAGAACAAAAACAAAGUGGCUUCUCUACAGAGGUAUGAUGUACCCAACAGUAAUAACAAAGAUGCCUGGCCAUCAUUACAGAGUUCAAGUAAAUCAGUCAACGGCUUAACAAUGGAACACAGGAAAACGCCUCCUAUUUUAGAAAAUGGCACAGACCCAGAACACAUGACUCCAGAUGGUCCAGAUUCAGAUUUCGGGUAA